AGGACUGGGGUGCAAUCGUCCCUUGAGGGAACGAAUGACUGGGCAGGGCAAAGUAUCUCUUGGCAAAGAAGAUGAAGCGAACGAAGCUAGACUCCAACGGUUUAAGAAUCUAUUAAGAAUCUCUGCUUUAGGCCAGCGAAGGGAGGGAUGGAGAUUAAAUAAAAGCAAUCAUAUCUGCAAUCUCCUUGCCCAGACCACGGAGACAGGACAAAUGAAAAACUCUUUAAAAAAAAUAGUUUGCUAUAGGGGAUGUGAGGUGCAGAUUUUCUUCUCCCGGGGACAGACAGAACCGAACACGGAGGGAGGAGAAAGGGGGCAGAAAUGGAUGCCGUCUGCCGGGCUCGUUCUUGACCACCUUGCUUUUGUGCUUGGCAGGCGGCCUGCCACCCGGCCGAGCCACCCUGAUCUCGCACCUGCCUCCCGAUGUGGUGUCUCGAGCGGCUCCUCCGCGACCGCGACGGGCUUCUCUUGGGUAGGACCCGCCACGCCCAGACCCGAUCGCCCAGCGCCUGCGCAAACGUGCUCACUCCGGAACGAAUCCCCGAGUUCUGCAUCCCGCCGAGACUCGAGUCCAGCCUCACUUUGAUUGAUCUCCGAAAUGCUUGGGAGCAAAUGGCCAGGACGGACGAGGGCGCGGGCCGCACCGGCACCGACUGGGACCCGCGCUCGCAGGCCGCGCUCUCGCUGCCGCACCUGCCCCGCGCCCAAAUUCGAUACUCCAAGGACUUCUGUCAUCGUAACAUCUACCAGGAUGUUAUGGGGUUUGAGAUCCCCAUGCAUAUGCAGGUUCUGAAGUGUGCAAGUUUUUUAAAAACAGAAAUUUCUGAGCCUUUUCUCUUCCAGGCUGUGGAGAAGGAUAGCAAUUUUUCUGAAAAAGGCCCUCUGAAGUAUUUACUUCUCUCUGGAAGCACAAAGGGUAUGGGGGGCUGUGAUAGGAUCCGCCUCAGUCUGGAGCGCCUGUCCCGGGCCGCCCCUCCCUGCUGCCCAGUGUUGCCAGCCCCUGCACACGCUGGGCCCCCGGGGCCCCUGGGGCUGGGCUGGGCCGCCUCGGGAGGUGCAGAGCCCGCUGCCAGCCUCUGGCUUCUCUGUGGAGCAGGGCAGCCGGGCUCAGCUCCGCCGCCCGCCGCCACGUCAUCGCCCAGCGUGGCCGUUGGUCCAGCCCGGGCCCCGGGGCACCGGAAGCCCCAGCCUGGCCCGGUACCCCUGAGCCAGGCGCGAGAGAGCCCGGGGGGCCGUUGGAAGGCGUUGGCCCCUCCUGCCAGCGCCCCUCAUUCCCAUGGGGUCCGUCCACAGGGCGAGGCUGGCCUUCAGGACGGACACCCGCCAUCCCACACCCCAGCCCUUCGCAUGGCCGAGCCCGGGACGGGGCUAGAGCCAUGUGUUCUUGGGGUGGCAGUGGCCUUAGGAGGGUGUGUUUCGGGGGGGAAGCAACGGGGUCCCCAGGACGGCUGGGGUGCAGGAACUGCACGGCCUUGCUACCUCCUGUCCACUAGUGUGGCAGCCUGUGGGGAACCUUCUGGAAAUCUUCACAUCCGCUCCCGGGAAGGAGGCACAGAGCCAGGAUUGAAAGGGGUAGCAGCAGCACAGCAGUGUGAAUGCAGACACUCUAUUCUGCUGAGAUUUCCUGCCUCUGGGCCUGAUCUCAGGAAAGCCGCUGCCCAUGUUCUUAUUUUCACUGGCAAUGUCCAAUUUCCCUUUUGGACAGGGAUUGUAGGAAGGUAUACUGGGACCAGCCAAGGAACUUUGUCUGAAGGCCUCAGCUUGCCAUCCGUGGUCGAGCCCAACCCCUGGAACAUUGGUGAAAUAGAAGCAGUUAAGUGGCCAUUGUAUUGUCAAAACCCCUCUUUGGUCAAGUGUCAAGGACUCGCAGAUGUCACGAGUGGGUACAAACCCGUCAGUGUGAAUUGGAGCCACAUUGUGAAAGAAGCAGAGGGAAGUAUUGUGUUCAUGGUGGAUGGGCCUUCACUGUGGACUGUCUUAGCUUUUUCCCUUAAAGCCAAUGAGGUGCCUGACAUCUUGUUGAAGGCAGUGGGAAAGCCAGUUCUGGAAGCUGCCUCAUGGCACCCGGCUGAAGCACACAAAUGGUGUCAACUCUCAACUGGGAGCACGUCCGACAUUUGUCCGGCUAUCAAAGGAGAUUUUUUUUUAACCUUUUCUGUGACCCUUCACCCAGAUCCCAGUGUUAAGCAGCAAGCUGCCCUGGCAUACAUAUCUGUCUGUGUUCAUCACAUGGCAGCAGCUCCCCAGUGUGUAGCAAGAGUAUUCUACUCAGAUUGCCACUCAUUGAAUCAUCACAAUGACGUGUCAGAAAGGGAGAAGGAAAGCAAUUGUGGCAGCAAGGGAGAAGGGAGACAGGGCUCUCUUGGGGACUCGGCCCAGCUGAGCUUUUCCAGCCCUGCCCAGCAUUGUGUCCAGAGCUCAUCCACCCACACCUCUCCAACAGGUUGUCUCGGAGGACUCUGCGAUGCACAACAGGAGGUGGCCUGGCAGAGGCCUCCUUGGGCUGAUUAG